GGGCACUGGAGGUGCAGUGCAUCAACCGAUCAACUACGCGAAAUCGCUCGUACUUUGGGCCAGCCUAUGCCUGAGGGUCCUUGCACCCGCAGGCUGGACAACAUAAACGACCGGUACUGCCCACACCACUUCUCACUUCUUGGACACCGAUGCCGCGCACAACCUUGUCCCAAGACGUGCGAACCUGGACAGGACACUUGCGAUUCCGAAGACCACAUCAAAGUUUGGGCAGCCUUUAAAAAAAGGGUCACAGGCAACUUUUCUCUUACAUCAAUUCUGAAUAGGCCGGGAACCAAUCUUCCCACCGACCCAACCUGUCACCUUAACCCUGAAACUGCAGAGUUCGAAGAUCUAGACUCGCUGCGACAAGCUGACGAGUCGCAACAAGCCCACGAGAACGCACGUGAUGGUGGCCAAUCAAAGGCUGCAGGGAAAUACCUCUUGACACGGUGUCGGACACACAACGAGCAGUUGAUAGUGGGCCCGUGUGGCAUCAUUCUGGCUAGAAAGACAUUCUUUAACGCUGAAUCGGUCAGUGCGGUGAAGGACUUCCUUGAGGAAACAUUCCCUCAAGGUCUUCCUGAGGUGGUUUUUUAUGACAACGCCUGCCGCUUAACUGAACACAUCUACUCUGGAGAUACCGAACGAAGUCAAUUUCUUGGAACAGUUAUACCCGUUGACCCAUUCCACCACCGUUCACAUGCCGAUUCGGACGAAUUCUGCAAGCUCUUCACGGAUCCGCAUCUUUUCCCGGACAUUCAGGAGGGGGGCCGGUGGAUUUUCAAUGCGUCCGCGGCCGAACUGACGAACAUCUGGUUUGGUGGCUAUGCCUCCAUGUGCCGAAACAUGCACCCACUUUUAUACAACCUAUUUUUGGAAGAGAUGAUCUACUUAAGAAACAUGUGGUUGACUAAAAAGCUUGACAAAAGGAAAGGUAUGGAAUUUUUGGGCGAAGGGGUUUUGAAAUGAUGUGGAGACCGAUUUAACCGAUUUAGAUAUUUACGAACUUUACUUUCUUGACCAUACUCUGAUAGUCCCAUGUAAUGUGAAAUGAAUGGUGUCCCACGUUUAUCUGGUGUC